AUGACGAGCAUCCAUUCCUUGCACGACCAAUGGCAAACAAACACUGCAGGCAUUGUAUUUAUGCCCUCACUGCUCCUAUAUUCUAAUUGACUCUGUCUAGAUUAAUAUUUAGCUGCAAAAACGCAUGAAGCGUGGCUUUCGUUGGUAGACCUCUGCUAGACGAUAAUGGUGCACAUCUGGGAUAUUAAAGCGAAUGGUGCGACUGUUAUACACCAAGGGGGGAACAGUGGUGACCAAAUGUCGAAUACCGAUUAUAUUUCAAUUAGCCCGUCAACAGAAGAAGAGGAGGAAAAUUGGCCCCUGACCCUCGAGUCGGAAGUGUUCGGCAUGGCACCUAGUCAGAUCCAAGAGGGGCCGGUUACGAGGGAAAUCCGACGACACAAGAGCAGCAAUCGGAUUCAUGCCCCUGAUGCGACGGUGCUAGAAGUCAUGUCCAGAUAUGACCGAACGGCGAAAGCACUUGGUGCGCAACUGAGCGGCAGAUCUGGCACGGAUCAGUCGAGUCGGGGAAUCCCGAGCACCAACUCCAAUCUAAGCGUCCGAUCUGAGACACCAAGCCUGACGUACGAUGACAUUCCAAUUCCUAUGAAUGUCCACCUGCAGCGGCGAGGCGAGUGUGUUCGGGAGGCGCGCAUGGUUCCUAGACGCGGUCAGCUGCUUCAGUUGCGAGCCUAUCCUCGUCGACAGUCAGUCCCGGCCACGCCUGUGCAUUCUAAACACAGAGAUUGCACGAGGUCCCCCGAUGAUCAGACGGAAGCACCACCUACAAUGUAUUCAUGCAGGGCCGCGUCUGAUCCGUCUUCAUCUCCCCAGCUCCACAUAGAGUACGGUACACCAAGCCCUACCUGGCGGUACUACGAGUGGUGGCAUCGCAACCCGGCGUCGAGCCAAUUGAACGCCAUGGCUGGCACACCCACUUACAUGAUGUCCACUCCAAUGGAGUUCCACGGCAGUCCUAUGAGUCCUAUGGAGCAGGACCAUUUCCUUGGCCGGGGGCGCACGCGAUGGACCGGGUCCAUGGACGGCCUGCCUCAAGCACAAGCUGGAGUCAUGUGGACUCCUGUCACCCCGAGCCCUACCUGGGGCUUCUCACGAGAACGGUCUAUAUCAACCUGUACCGAGGACACUGGCAUCUUCAACAGCACCCGGACGGCGCAGUCAAGUACUCCGACUCGGUCAAGUGCUGCCGGAAGAGACUUGGACUGCCUCGCGACGGGAGGUAUGGUCAGUGUUUUUGAGGACGAUGAUGACGAUGAAGAGGCGGGCCUGAUUGGCUAUCUUAGUGGUAGGAUGCGGAGUGGAGCGACACUACAGAGAAGGAUUCGUGAAUUUUUAUUCAGCUGGUUAUGGGAUUGUUGGCCGUGCAGAAGUCGUUUGGGUGAGUGGGACCGUUGGUAGUUAAUGAGCCGAUGAGGAAAUGAAUUAUGAAACAAAUGAGUACUUCUAUGUGACGAUGAUGGAAGAGAAAGCUGUGGCAUCCACAUCCAAUCCAACCGUCCAUCUGAUAUGCUACAAUUUGGAGAUCUCACCUACACAUUGACUUAGGGCAUGAGAAAUGGUCUCACCCAACAUGACGUCCCGUUUGGACAAAUCCCUCUCCGAUUCAACCCUUUAUCUCUCGGCCCAGUGGGCCCAUCACUGAACUUUCGGAUUCCCAGCCGCAGGAAAUUCCUUUGCCUGGGGUCCGAGUCC